AUGGCCUUAACCCCCGGACCAUGUGUUUUGACUACGAACACCGCCCUUGGUCCUGUCACCCCGCCUGAUCCAACGCUGUCCGUCCCAGAACCGUGUUGGUGGCUCAAGAGCAGCUCGACUUUGACGACUAUCCCGAGUUCGACGACUAUCGCGAUAGUGUUUUCCCAGCCGGUCACGACUACAACGACUGAGGUUCCCCUGUCAUAUGCGAUCACUAGCUAUCCCAGCGGCGGUGCGUCUAUCGAGAACCCCUCAGAAUCCUGCAAAGGCUUCCGCGUCAACGCAGAGUGCGUCCCAUAUCAGGUAUGGCUAGAUCUAUACUCUAAAGCCUUUCCCGCUUUCAUCACAACCCUUGCCUCCCCCCAUGCACAGCCUAAUCCAGGAUACAAAGCACCUGGCGUGAACAUUGACGGACCGAAUGAUUGGUGCUUCGGAUUCACGGUCAAUGGUCAUUGCUGGGAGAUGAGCGAUUUUUUGGCGAAACUAGGGAAUGCGACAGGGAAUGCAAGUGUUCCAGUAUCAACUGCAACGGUGACCGCCGCGCCUUCCGCGACCAUAUCUCGCAGCCGAAAGCUUGGCUUCCUUGCUCUUCCUCUUGCGAUUGUCGCCCUUGCCGCGAUCGGUGCAUGGUUCUUCUGGGGUCGGCGGCAGAAGAAGGAAGAGAAGGACAAGGAGUCUGGUCGCACGAAACCUUUGCCGCCUCCCGCUGUAUCGACUACAAACCCGCUUGCACAUCACACUCCGACGCACACCAUUGACCAGCUCUACGGGCGUCCGGGUUUGGACAUAGAGCGAGACGAGCCGGCAUUGAUGGAGUACGAAGACUUGAAGACGAAGGGCAAAUGGACUGGUCAGACCUAUGGGGAGGUGGACGAAGAGAAGCAGAAGCAGGGAUCUAGGUACUUGAAGAAUGGGGUGAAGAUCUUUGACGAGAGGCAUCAGAGGAGAUCAAGGGAGAGGGAGAGCAUGGCGAGGCGCAGUGCUGGGGAGGGUCCGACCAGGGUUUUGACGGAAGAUGAGAGGGAUGAGAUCCUGUUCCAGCCAGUGAGAUAG